UCGAAACAGGAAUGGAUAAUCCGUUCAGCUGUCUCUGAGUGACAGCCUCAACAUGGCUUCUUUCUUUAGGCUUUUUAUUCCGUGCACUAUGGUUUACAAAGGCCCCUUAAGCUUCUUCAAAUGGCGAUCGAGAUAAACGAAUUACCGUAUGAAAAAGUAAUUAGCGUAACGAGAAAAGACAUUCAAAUUUUCACUUUUCUUUUAUUACAAAACAAAUCUUUUUAAAUUUAUUAGAGCACUUUUCUAGGACAAUCACAAAGUCAAAAUAGCUAAGAUGAAUGCAAUUCCGGGCUAAUUGUUUGGUACUUACUUGAAAAUUAAUAACUUAGAAUUUUAAUUCUCCCUUUAACUGAUAAUGUAAUUGAAUAAAAUACUGUACUGUAUUACCACUAAGGAGCAGACGCAUCCAUAGGAGCUGGUAUAAAUUUCCUUCAUAGUUUAAUAUUCAUUUCUAUUUUUACCUCGGAGGAUUUGUUGGACAUAACCACUCCGCUCUACUUUUGAAAAGAAGACGAAGCUUUCAGCUGUUUUCUUGUUACUAGCGCUGGCCCUGAGUGGGAGAAAUAAAUCUCUUAUUUGAACUAAACUAGAAUUUUCCACCAUACAGGAAAGGUUUUCGGGACUUUUUUCUCCUAAACACGGUGUGCAAAUAUGGCGUGACUGAUGACCACAGGCGGGCAGCCUGAUCUGCAUGUGGGGUUCUGACAGUUUUCUUUAUAGAUCUCAAAAAUACUCUUUAUGACUACGUCAAUGACGAUAAACUUAGCCUGCAUUAAUGAAGGUUUUUUUGGGCGCGUGGUGGUAAUAACGAGGCGGAGCCGAGUCUAUAAAUCCGUUUUCUGUCCCAAGCCUCUCACGGUCUUGCAACUCACCGCAGCAAAUCGCUCAUAAAACCGCAAUCUACGCGGGCUUCGAUAGAUACCAUGAUUCUAACACCUCCAUCAAACUCUGUAGAGAAAGAGGGAAAGAGUUUACCGCCACAAGAAUUGGAGUAACACACCAACAGUAAUUUACGGUGUGAACUCCAUUGGUAUACAAUGCAAAGUGAGGAAGGAAUCUUAAACAUCACUGCUACGGCCACGGAACUGCAAGAGGUGUCCAAUUCGUCCUCCGAUCAAAUCCCGGGACCUGAACCUAAUUCAAGUUUUGUCAUCUUCACAACAAUUUAUGCCGUGAUAGUUUUCAUCGUUGCUGUGGUUGGAAACUCCUUAGUGAUAUACAUCGUGAAAACGAGGGAAUACAUGAGGAACUCCACCAACAUACUGAUAGCCAAUAUGGCAAUCGCAGACAUCUUAAUGGCAUGUUUAUUUCCAUACAUGCUCAGGUGGCUGUAUGUCGGAAACGCUUGGUUUGGAACGUUUAUGGGGAUAGCUCUAUGCAAGUUUUUCCAUUCUGCUCAGGUGCUCUCCAUCUCGUGUUCUGUUCUAAAUCUUGUUUUCAUCAGCCUUGAUCGAUGUUUAGUGAUAUGGUUUCCACUGAGGCGAAUUUUCACUAAUAAAGUCCUGAAGGCGUGUUUGGUAAGCAGUUGGGUUUUCUCAACAGCUUUUGCUAUGCCCCUGAUUAUAAUGACCACAGCAAAGAAAGAUGAAAAUGGAAUAUAUCGUUGUAACGAAUAUAACUGGCCUACUCAUCAGGAUAAAAUCGACUACGCUACUUCGUUCACAGUUUUAUCCUACCUUAUUCCUCUUCUAAUCAUUACCAUCGCAUACAUACUCAUUGGUGUAAAACUUCAAAAACGGGAGUUGCCAGGUGUUCAAACCUUGGAAUAUCAAAAGAAAGCCCAUGAAACGACGAAAAAAGCCAUAAUAAUGCUUGUCACGGUGGUUGUCGUAUUUGCACUCUGUUGGCUUCCGCUCCAAGCGCGGGAAUUCAUGCUGAAUUAUUUUCCUCAGACCAUCUCGCUCUUUCCGUAUGAAGUGGAACUAUUUCUACCUUGGAUUGGAGUUUUAAACAGUGCAAUUAAUCCCUGGUUGUAUGUUAUAUUUUCUGAGAAUUUUCGCCGCGAGUUUGGCCGCGUUCUUUGCUGUAUGGAAAACACUCGCUCUGAUGCUUAUUUGGGAAUCCCUGCAACACGUGCGACGCCUAUGACGACGCCUUUAAUGUCUCGGCGCAUGACGACUACGCCUGUUAUUGGACGGCGCACUCUGUCAGCCGCUAACGUGCACGAGACGCUUCCUCUGCGACAUUUAGCAAACGAUUCGAAAUGAACUGAAUUUGAAGGACCCGAAAUUAUUCUUCAACUCUGAUCACUGUACAGGCAAACGAGUUUCAACUUUGAAACUGUUAUUUCAACUAGUUGAAACACUUUAAAAAUACUUGUCAAGUAGCAAGGUAACGAUUAUGUUGUUUUUGUUUCAAUCAGUCUUGGAGAUUUAAUCACCUUGUUUCUGGACUUACGGAAAAUUGCCAACGGAUAACAAAAAAUGGCGCUUUUCGCAGCAUUUUUUUGCUGAAGAACAAAACUAAAAUUUUAACCCAUCAAAGCAAGAAUGAAUUAAAUUUAGAAUAAAUUAAAGCUUAACAUUAUUUGUUUUUAUGUAAUAAUUAACUAUUAAGUUGAUGAAAUUUGAGAUGUUUUGAGUUCUACUUAAUUACCUUGUUUCCGUUGCAUGAAAUAAACUUUA